GGUAAAACAAUAGGUUUCCAAUAUGUCUGCGUCCUGUGUCAACAUUGCAAUGUGAAGCGUACUGUAAUCUGGUUUCUCAAGAGAGCAAAGAUUAGAUUAGUCAGAGGGGUUACAUUGUCAUUUUAAAUUCCCCCGUGGCCACGACUGUCCAGGACAGAUUGAAACAGUUAUAUAAGUGCAGUCGUUGUAAACAAGGUGUUGUGAUUUCAAUAGAAACGCAAAUUUGCUCAAGGAAGUUUUCAUUACAGGUCGUUAACAAUAGCGCUAACAGCACUCUUCUGGGAUUGCGCUUGAAGGACCAUGCUAGCAAGCAGGCGGGUUGUGUUCACUUUAAAACACUUCAGAUUAAAGGCUGUGUGCAGAAAUGUCACGACGUCGUGGUCGCCGGUGGAAGCUGCUUUCAAUGCAAGGCAACACAGAAAACUGGAUCUCCUUGGGAGAAAUGUGGGUCUGUUUAGAGUGCCGGAGCUGACCUCCCCGGCAGGGUUUGAGAAAGCCCAGGAGAAAGCUCUGGAAGAAACCCAGCAGCUGGUGCAAAGAGCAUGUACCAUCUCCCCGGGACCGCAGACGGUGCAAACAUUCGACCAGCUCUCGGACAGUUUGUGCAGAGUUGCUGACUUGGCAGAUUUUGUUAAAGUGGCACACCCAGACCCUGCAUUCCGAGAAGCAGCGGAGAAAACCUGCAUAGAGAUCGGCACUGCGGUGGAGAAGCUGAACACUAAUGUAGACCUCUGUAAGAGUCUGAAGGACCUGCUGGACAACAAAGAUGUUAUGGAUUCCUUGGACCCAGAAACAAGGAGGGUGGCUGAGCUUUUUAUGUUUGAUUUUGAGAUCAGUGGAAUUCAUCUGGACAAAGACAAGCGUAAAAGGGCAGUCGACCUGAAUGUUAAACUCUUGGAUCUAAAUAAUGAGUUUCUGGUGGGCUCUCACCUCCCAAACAGAAUUGAUAAAAAAGCUUUACCAGAUCACAUACGCCACUGCUUCGCACUCGACGGAAACUACAUACAGAUCGGCGGGCUGCACGCAGACGCACCGGACGACUUGGUGCGGGAAGCUGCUUACAAGAUCUUCCUGUACCCGAACCCGGAGCAGCUGAGCUGCCUGGACGAGCUGCUGAGCUGCAGGCGUGAGCUGGCACAGCUGGUGGGGUAUCGCUCCUUUGCACACAGAGCCUUGCAGGGAACCAUGGCUAAAACCCCAGAGACUGUAAUGGAGUUUCUUGAAUUGCUGUCUGAAAAGCUUACGGACAGAGCAGCGAAGGACUUUGGCAUGAUGAGGGACAUGAAGAUGAAACUGAAUCCAGAAAAUGCAGAACUCAUGCCUUGGGAUCAUCCAUACUACAGCGGAGUCCUGCGUGCCGAGAGGUAUAACAUUGAACCCAGCCUGUACAGCCCCUUCUUCUCGCUGGGAGCCUGUAUGGAAGGAUUGAACAUGCUAUUCAGCCAGCUCCUGGGUGUGUCUUUCCAAGCCGAGCAGCCUGAGAGAGGGGAGGUGUGGUGCGAGGAUGUUCGGAAGCUGGCUGUUGUCCAUGAAUCCGAGGGAUUGCUGGGGUACAUCUACUGUGACUUCUUCCACAGGCUUGACAAACCUCACCAGGAUUGCCAUUUCACGAUCCGCGGAGGGCGAUUGAAGGAGGACGGGGAGUACCAGCUCCCCGUGGUGGUCCUCAUGCUGAGUCUGCCUCACCCGACGAAGAACUGUCCCACACUGCUGACUCCCGGCAUGAUGGAGAACCUCUUCCAUGAAAUGGGGCACGCCAUGCAUUCCAUGCUGGGCAGGACCCGCUAUCAACAUGUGACAGGAACCAGAUGCCCCACAGACUUUGCAGAGGUCCCUUCCAUUCUGAUGGAAUAUUUUGCAAGUGACUAUCGGGUGGUGAAUCAGUUUGCAAGACACUAUAAGACAGGACAGCCACUUCCCAAAAGCAUGGUUUCUCGCUUAUGCGAGUCCAAGAAAGUGUGCGCUGCUGCCGACACCCAGCUCCAGGUUUUCUAUGCAGUCCUGGAUCAGAUCUACCAUGGGCAACCCCAUCAAAGCAAAUCAACCACCGAGAUUCUUCAGGAAACCCAGGCGCUAUUUUACGGCUUGUCGUACGUUCCUAAUACAGCAUGGCAGCUCCGGUUCAGCCACCUCAUUGGAUACGGUGCCAAGUACUACUCAUACCUAAUGUCUCGGGCUGUGGCCUCUAUGGUGUGGAAACAGAGCUUCAUGAAGGAUCCCUUUGACAGGGUAAUGGGAGAGCGAUACCGCAGCGAGAUGCUGGCACAUGGUGGAGGAAAGGAACCCAUGCUCAUGGUUAAAGGCAUGCUCCAGCAGACCCCCUCGACUGCCGAAUUUGUGGAUGCCUUGGUGUCGGACUUGGACCCUGAUUUUGAAAGCUUCCUCAUGGAUUCCGAGUGAAUGGAUUUUCACGCACCCUUACCUUGAGCUGCCCUCCGUAUCAAAUGAAAUCCUGAACAAUCACGCAUUGCCCAUGGCAGGGAAGUUAGGCUUCCCACUGUCAUUCAGACUGGCCAGUACUUUCCUUUUCCACAAUUUAAAUUCAUAGAAAUAAUAAUGAUAAUUUAUAAGCGUUUCCCAUGGAACCACCGGCAUCUUUUUAAAAACGUCUGCCAUAAAAAGACUAUCAUAAUAACACUGUGCUCUGCUCUAGGACUGAGAAUUGCAAUUAACAUGUGACUAUUGUUCUACAAUAUUAGUGUUGCCUUGUCUGCAUAUGGGGGUCAAGGCAGACCUUUUCCAGUUGAGACCCUCUUAAUUGAUGUAAAUUGGUUAUUACAGCGAUGGCAAUACGACUCCUAUUGUAUAGCAGUUAGAUCCAUUCCUGGUCUUACUAGGAGUUUAAUAAGACACACCUGAGCUGGUUACCUAUAUACUGUGGCUAAUCAAGCUCAUAUUAAAACCUGUGAUGGGUGGAACUGCUGUGCAACUGGAGUCAUAUUGCCAUCCCUGUAAAAAACAAUUUACUUCAAUUAAGAGGGUCUCAACUGGAAAAGAAUGUUAUCGCUGGCAUGGACUAUAGUUGGCUGGGCAGUUUAGUGAAAUGUUAUCUGAAACCUUGUUUGCAAUCUUUUCCCACAUGAGAUUGUGAAGUUUGUCACAAACAUCCAGCCAGCCAAGUGUAUGGAUAUUGAUUUCAGAGUGACCUAACCAUCUUCACAUAGAGCUCAUGAAAGGUGCGGCACCUCACAGCUAGCUUGUUUCUCGUGGUAGUACAGUAGCUGCAGUGUAUGGAUAUUGAUUUCAGAGUGACCUAACCAUCUUCACACAGAGCUCAUGAAAGGUGCGGCACCUCACAGCUAGCUUGUUUCUCGUGGUAGUACAGUAGCUGCAGUGUAUGGAUAUUGAUUUCAGAGUGACCUAACCAUCUUCACACAGAGCUCAUGAAAGGUGCGGCACCUCACAGCUAGCUUGUUUCUCGUGGUAGUACAGUAGCUGCAGUGUAUGGAUAUUGAUUUCAGAGUGACCUAACCAUCUUCACACAGAGCUCAUGAAAGGUGCGGCACUUCACAGGCAGCUUGUUUCUUGCACCUUGUAUACGCCUCUCUUUUUUCACAGCUUGACCUGGUUUCUUUUUUUUUAUGAAGUUAUGGAUGACAUACUGUGGCAAUGUGCCCUGUCCCUGUGUGCAUUUGUAUGUUGCGUGCGUGUGUGUGUUAAUGUUGGUGUAUAGUCAUUGGUACACGGGAUAUAAACGGGUCUGUGUUUCACGUGUAUUUAAAGUGUAGAUUUGUAUUUGGGCACGAGGAGAGCACAAAUCACUUCACGUGCUGGUUAAAUGUAAUAUGUGAGCACGGGGUUGCACAGAAUUAAUUCACGUGCUGGGAUUCAAGUGAAUAAUUAAUUAGUAAUUGAAUCCCAGCACAAUAGUAUAUAUAGACGCACAUUUCUUGCACUCAGGGUUGGUGUUCGGUGAGUGGAGAACGGGAUUGGAGACGGAGGUGAAGUAAAAUAAUAAUAGUAAUAGUAAAAGUAAUAGUUAACGUGUUUUCACUCACCGUGUUUGUUCGUCUGUCUGUCCUGCACCGUCUGUUUAGCGUUUAGUCGUUUUGUAUGUCUAUUUAUUUUGGCGUGUAGUGCCGUGUCCAGUGUUUUUGUCUGUUCCAACCUUUUAUUUUCUGUUCUGUUUAUUAAAUGCUGAACGCGAUCACGCGUUCAGCCUCACCAAAACCCCAUCUCUCUGUCGUUUGUGUUCCUGUUUCUGGUCUGACGCCACCCACUCCGGCCGUCUUUGUGACACAUACCUACUCAGAACCAUCAUAACUUCAAAAGGGUCAUUGUCACAAAUGCUCUGUUGCUAUCUUGGGGAAGCUUUAUUCAAUAAAUUCGAUGUCCAGCAGUUGGUCGUCAAGGGAAACGUGUUGGUAUGAGGCCCGGAUCAAUAAUCAAAUGGCAUGUAUCUAAAGAAAGAUGAUCUCUGUUUACUCUGACCAGUAUAGUGAGUGCAGACUUGGUUUCAGGCUUUGUUUAAGAGUUCAUAGAUACAUAUGUGUGUUUUUUUUUAAAAGCAGAUGUGUUUCCAUUGAAAGCCAGUAAAACUGGAAGGUAUAAAUCUUACCCUGUGCACUUUGUCAUCGUGCGGUAGCCUGUGUUUUGACUUGUCAAUAAAAUAUCACAUCUCUGUUUCAUCUGA